CGUCCCCUCCAGCGUCCGGCCGCGCCCGUCCUCAGGGCUGCGGCUAGACGCCCGUCCGCCGCUGCGGCCAACGGGAUCUCUCCCUGCGGUGCUCUGCCACGGUGGAACUGGACGCACUGAGCUCCAGCGGCAGCUGGGUCGCCAGCUUCCUUUCCCUUACGGGGGCGUCGAGCUCGCGCGUGCGCAGCGGGUGAGGGACCAGGGCCCGGACCCCCGGCUGACUCCACGCAGGACGACCGGACAGCCCGGAGGUGAAUCGGGAUGAGCUUCUCAGCGCUGCGGCUCCACUGAGGGGGAAGCCUGGGAACAGAGGGUCGCAGGCCGGCCGCAGUGCGUGAGGCCAUGGCGUUCCUGUCCGGGCCGCGUCUGCUGGACUGGGCUAGCUCGCCACCGCACCUGCAGUUCAAUAAGUUCGUAUUGACGGGCUACCGGCCGGCCAGCAGCGGCUCGGGCUGCCUGCGCAGCCUCUUCUACCUGCACAACGAGCUGGGCAACAUCUACACACACGGGCUAGCCCUGCUGGGCUUCCUGGUGCUGGUGCCAAUGACCAUGCCCUGGGGUCAGUUGGGCAAGGAUGGCUGGCUGGGAGGUACACACUGUGUGGCCUGCCUGGCCCCCCCUGCAGCUUCUGUGCUGUAUCACCUCUUCAUGUGCCACCAAGGAGGCAGUCCUGUGUACACCCGGCUCCUUGCCCUGGAUAUGUGUGGAGUCUGCCUCGUCAACACUCUUGGAGCCCUGCCCAUCAUCCACUGCACUCUGGCUUGCAGACCCUGGCUUCGUCCAGCUGCCCUGAUGGGUUACACUGCACUGUCAGGUGUGGCUGGCUGGAGAGCCCUCACUGCCCCCUCCACCAGUGCCCGGCUUCGAGCCUUUGGUUGGCAAGCUGGGGCCCGCCUGCUGGUGUUUGGGGCCCGUGGAGUAGGGCUGGGCUCAGGGGCUCCAGGCUCCCUGCCCUGCUACCUGCGCAUGGAUGCACUGGCACUGCUUGGAGGGCUGGUGAAUGUGGCACGUCUGCCAGAGCGUUGGGGGCCUGGCCGCUUUGACUACUGGGGCAACUCCCACCAGAUCAUGCACCUGCUCAGUGUAGGUUCCAUUCUCCAGCUACAUGCUGGUGUUGUACCUGACCUGCUCUGGGCUGCUCGCCACUCCUGUCCCCCAGACUGAGCUGUCUCCUAGCUGCCAAACCAGCCUGCCCACAGCUUCCUGAGACAAAAAACACCACCUUCCCUCCUUUGCUGGUCUGCAAGGGGCUGGUUCCCUGGAAGAACCAGCACAUGGGACUUCCUGUCUGGGAGACCGCUCUUCAUUCUUCCCUGUGGAUUAACUACUUCUUGCACUCAGGCCUUCAAAUUCCAGCUACCCCUCUCCCUGCCAACUUCCCUCCAGGGUACUGUCAGCUAGAAGGAAAUCAUUCUUUGAGCUUGAAUUUACCCUGUUUGACCUGUGAGAGUGUCUGAAUUCCUGUCUGAGAGUUGAGUCCUGCCAACUUACCAAGCCUCCAGCCCAGAACCACUACCUGUAUCUUGCCACUCCCAGAAGACACCUCCUGGAUUCUUGAACUAGUCUCUCUGCCCCACUCCCUGACCUCCAUCUUUCUGCCCUGCAUGCUAAACCUCUCAGUAGCCAGAAUUCUACCGUUCCUGUCAUUCCUGAAGUCAGGACUCACAGCAGUGGGACCAGGCCCUUCUCUCAGGACCAAGUGGGCACUGGUCCUGCUUGGAUCAUCUGGCCAAGAGACAUGGGAGGAGCUGCUGCCUUCCCUAAGCAACAGGCACAGAUGUGGAACGGUGGCUUUGGAUUCAGGCCCUCUGGACCAAGGACUCACCUUCAGUGCCAUGGUCUGUCUGACUGAUCUGCCCAUCAGAGACAUGUCUGCUCAGGAAAUCUCUUAUACAGUGUGUGGCUUCAACCUGCUGGCCAAAGGCCACGCUCUAGCAGAGUAUGGCCUCAUGGCCAGAUCAUCCCAGAGGCCUAAGACCUUAGGCAAUCAAUAAAGGGACAAGAAGCGCUAUGUCGCCACAUGAGCAACCUUGGGUGCUCCCAAGAUUCAUUACUUUUUAUUAGAUACAGAAGUUUCCAGGGGAGAGGUAGGAAAGAGGGUCAGAGGUUUAAAAGCACCAAGACUGGGCCUAUGGCUCAGGCUGGGUCAAGUGAGUCCUCAAAUAGGCUGAGGAGGUUCCGUGGCUCAAAGGUAGGGCAGGGACCUCUAGGAGGCUCCGAGUCCAUGUCAGUUAGGUCCAGGGCAUCCCUUGGGGAGGAAAGAAAAAGGAACAAGACUCUGGAUCCCAAAGCCGACUGUGCCCAGCAGCCCGAGGCCCUGGGCUUGCUCACCUCCUCACCUUGGUGUGUACCUGCCUCGAGGGGUAGAGGUUCUCCUAGUGAUCCGGGACAAGAUGGUCUCUGGGGAGAGCGAGGGACUACAGAGAGAGGACAGGACAAACAAGGUGUUGAGGGUUGAGAAGGGUUAGGACCAAACCAGCUCUGAUCCUGCUUGGUUCCAGGCCCCUGCUUGGUGAAGAUAGGCCAUGACUAAAACAAUAAACACACAGUGAUAACUGUCAAAUCUUCCUAUCUGACCAUGUUCAGGGGCAUCUCUGUCCCUUUUCAGAUUCAUCUGAGCUGGAAGUCAAGUUUUGGUAAAUGAGGCUUUUCUAGUAUUUUGCUGUUACAGAGACCCUUCAGAGUGAGGGAAAUCCUACUUAAAGGGAGGGAUCCUGAGAGAAUGUGGUUCUUCCAUGGAGCAAUUUCUUAAUUACACUUUCCCUUGGUUAGCAGACACCUGGGACAAAGGGAAUCCUCUCAGGACAGGGACUUAGCAGGUUCUGGGAAGUAUCCACCCAGGGAAGGACAGCACUUUGUCCCUGAAUAGGGACAACCUCUACAGAGGUGUGGGCUAUAAUCCUGCACUAAUGACUGGCAAAGCUGUGCGGGACGUCAUAAUUGCCCACACAGACCAUGAGCUACACCCACACAGCCAGUCCUCAUCCCCUGGGUGUGACAGACGCCCAUCCACCCUCCUCUCCAUGGGGCCUGAUGCCUGCCAUGUGGCACUGACCACAUGAUGCACACACCCCCACCCCCACGUCCUAGACUCUCACCCACCCUAUGCUGUCGUCAUCCCAGCUGCUGGAGAGGCUGCUGUCCAGGAGGGGGCUGCAAGGUGGAGAGCCAGGCGGUGUGGCUGGUGGGCCCGGAGGCUGCAGCCAGCUGGCAGGAUGAGCCAGACCAUGCCAGAGCCAGCAUAGCAGAGUGAUCAGUGCCUGAGGGGAAAGGGGGCCUCAGAAUUCAAGCCUGUGACAAAAAUCACAGCACUUGGAGGCUGAGGUAGGAAGAUAUAAGAACAAGCACAACCUAGUCUAUAUAGUAAAAUUCAGACUAGGUAGGUCCCCUGGGCAAGGAACAGUUGGAGUAGACCACCACAGAGGCUUACCUGCCACAGGGCCCAACCUCGACUCAGGGCUUCUGCAGCCAUAUACCACAGAACGUUCCAGGGACGAGGCUGCCUCAGCAUGGGCAGGGCCAGCAGGGCCUUAGCUGUGGCUCGAAGCUGGGGGUCAGGCUCCAACAUCAUUGUGAGGACAGAGCGCAGCUCAGAAGACAGACCUGCCCAUGAAGCAGAGUCAUGCACGUCAGGAGCCAGGGUAUUUAUUGACUGGGCCCUCAGCUCAAUGGUGCCCCUACUACUAGCCACCCCUUACCAGAGAAGCUGAUAGUAGUUGCCUCUUUUCCUGAGCCCCCACUCACCAGCAGUGAACUCGGGGGGCAAGUAUCCCUGGCGCAGCUGCUGCCAGCCCUCCCCACCAUGGGGCAGCUCCAUGUUGCAGGCCACUUCCAAGAUGGUGAGACCCAGACUAAGAAGGACAGGGCACAAAGAAAAAGAGAGGCAAAGUCCACUUUGUGACACAGAUCCCAGUCCUAGGCAGCAUCUUGGUAGGAAAGGGCUGCUCUCUUCCUCCAUAAACCAUGAAGUUGGUGGGAGAGGGGCACGGAGCUUUGAGGAGGCCAGUAAGCACCUUCAAGAUGGAGGCCUGGCUGUGAAGCAGAGACCCCCACUUAAACAUGCUGCAGUGGAGGUCCGUCAGAACCUCACUGGCAUGUAAAUUACUUUGCAUGAUGAUUAGGUUUGGCAUCAUCAUUCUGUGGGAAUAACCAGAAUACAACCGAGGCAAGGCAGUAGGAGCCAGUGUGGACUCAGAAGCCUGGCCUGCGUGUAGUUCAAGAUGCUACCUGUGGACUUGACGAAUUCCUCAGCCUCACUGCGCCCUACUCUCCCUGUGAUGGAGCCUAACCAGACAGCUGCUAGCCAAGGAGAUGGCGGCCUUACAAUGUAAAGGGGCCUCUAGAGAGUUUGCUGCUUACUCUGGAGACCCCUCAGCUAGUGUGCAGGGCAACACCUCCCAGGCCUGAAUGCCCUCCUACCCUAGUACCAGGAAAGAGCUCUUCCUUUGGGCAGUCCCUCCCUUUCUGCUGAUCAGUCCCCAAUAAGAGCCUCUUCAGGACCUCUCCACAUCCCAGCCUCACCUGAACACAUCUGCGGCUGUCCCGUAGGAGCCCUGCAGCAGUUCUGGGGCCAUGUAGCGAGGGUCUCCCUCCUGAGCCUCACCAGCGCCAGCUGAACCCAGGUCCACCAGUAGUCCAAAGUCACCCAGCUUGCAGCGCCCCCGGGGCCCCAGGAAGAUGUUGGCAGGCUUGACAUCAAGGUGAACUAGGCCUUGACUAUGUAGGUGGUCCAGAGCCAGAAGAGUGUCCCGCAAGUAGCCCCAGACCUGGGCCUCUGGCAGGCUGGCCCCCCAGGCUUCACAGUGCUGCUGCAGGCUGGGCCCACAGAGCUCGGUCUGCAGGUACAGGAUGCCGCCCUCCUCCCAGGCCUGCUCCAGUCUCACACAGUGUGGGUGCUGCCCCACCUUCUCGUGGCCGCCUACCUCAGCCAGCUUGCGAGUCCGGUCUUUGGGGCCUCGGAAUGGUGACAUGGAGCGCUUAACAGCAUAGAGUCGGCCAUCUUCCUUGGAGCGCACCUGGAAGGGAGGUGUUGCCCAGAGGCAGGAUGGGAGACAAUCAGAGGAUGCUGAUUGUUAAGAUUUCACCAUGCAGGGGAAUACAUGUCAGUCUUAGACCUCUGAAUCAAUGAUAAUGACCUGAACACGUCCAUUGCAGGAGAAUGCACUGGAGACCCAGCAACAGAGAUGGGGCAGACUAUGCCUCUGACCAGGGUCCAGCGCUAAGAGAAAGAUUUAGUCCCCAAACAACAGGGCAGUAUGCUCCAUUGUGCCCAAGCUUUCCUCCAGAGAGGAGAGAUGAUCCAAGAGCC